UCCGGACACCCACGGACAAGAUGGCUGCCCCCGAGGAGCAUGGAGACCCCCAGCCGGCAGUGGAGGAGGAGGAAAUUAAAACAUUUAAAGAAUUGGGUGUAACAGAUGUAUUGUGUGAAGCUUGUGACCAGUUGGGAUGGGCAAAGCCCACCAAGAUACAGAUCGAAGCUAUUCCUUUGGCCUUACAAGGUCGUGAUAUCAUUGGGCUAGCAGAAACCGGCUCUGGAAAAACAGGGGCUUUUGCUUUGCCCAUUCUGAAUGCGCUGCUGGAGACACCCCAGCGUUUAUUUGCUCUCGUUCUCACUCCCACUCGCGAGCUGGCUUUUCAGAUCUCAGAGCAGUUUGAAGCCCUGGGGUCCUCUAUUGGAGUGCAGUGUGCUGUGAUUGUGGGUGGAAUUGAUUCAAUGUCUCAAUCUCUGGCCCUGGCAAAAAAACCACAUAUAAUAAUUGCAACUCCUGGUCGACUAAUUGACCAUCUGGAAAAUACAAAAGGCUUCAACUUAAGAGCUCUCAAAUACUUGGUCAUGGAUGAAGCUGAUCGAAUAUUGAACAUGGAUUUUGAGACAGAGGUUGACAAGAUCCUCAAAGUGAUUCCCCGAGAUCGGAAAACAUUUCUCUACUCUGCUACCAUGACCAAGAAGGUGCAAAAGCUUCAGCGAGCAGCUCUGAAGAAUCCUGUGAAAUGUGCUGUUUCCUCUAAAUACCAGACAGUUGAGAAAUUACAGCAAUACUAUCUUUUUAUUCCUUCUAAAUUCAAGGAUACCUACCUGGUCUAUAUUUUAAAUGAAUUGGCUGGAAACUCCUUUAUGAUAUUCUGUAGCACCUGUAACUAUACUCAGAGAACAGCUUUGCUACUCCGAAAUCUUGGAUUCACUGCCAUCCCCCUCCAUGGACAGAUGAGUCAGAGUAAGCGCUUGGGAUCCCUUAAUAAAUUUAAGGCAAAGGCUCGUUCCAUUCUUCUAGCGACCGACGUUGCAAGCCGAGGUUUGGACAUACCCCACGUGGAUGUAGUUGUCAACUUUGACAUUCCUACACAUUCCAAAGAUUAUAUCCAUCGAGUAGGUCGAACAGCUAGAGCUGGGCGCUCUGGAAAGGCUAUUACUUUUGUCACACAGUAUGAUGUGGAGCUCUUCCAACGCAUAGAACACUUAAUUGGGAAGAAACUUCCUGUCUUUCCAACACAGGAUGAUGAGGUUAUGAUGUUGACAGAACGUGUGACUGAAGCCCAAAGAUUUGCCCGAAUGGAGUUAAGGGAACAUGGAGAAAAGAAGAAACGCACGCGAGAGGAUGCUGGGGACAAUGAUGACACAGAGGGUGCUCUAGGUGUCAGGAACAAGGUGGCUGGAGGAAAAAUGAAGAAACGGAAAGGCCGCUAAUCGCUUUUAUGAAGACUUGAAUUCUGCUUUCUUUUCUGUAAAAGAGAAUUGAAGAAGAGAAUGACAUCUCUGCCAACAGAGUUCCUCAGACUGAAUCUGUCAGCGUUAUGGCCAGAAUGUGCUCAGCUAAUUCAGCGCUCAUUCCCUGGAGUGUCCUGACUGCAGGAUCACUUUUACAGUACUCCUGUGGAGACCGUUACUGUUCCUCAGCUUUGAUUCCUUGCCUGUGGCAUCAAUAGGUGUGCCUUUCUGUCACUUCACACAGACUUUUUACCUUUUUUAGCUGCAAGUCAAGGACUAGGUUGAUGAAGCCCAUGACCUGUAAUGGAAAAGGAAAGAAGCUUGGACGUCUGUAAGAGAUACUUAAGCCAUCUCAGCUUAUGCCUCGUUAGACCAAACGUGAAACAAUAACUUUAAAUACUAUUUUUAAAAGAUUCAUGCUCCUUAAAAACCUUGGGGUUGAAGAACUUUAUAAAUUUAAGUGAGAUUUUGCUAGUAAGUCAGAAUUGAUAGUGGCAGUUACAUGGGUAAUUCCUUCAGUUAGAAUAAACAUUUAUGACAUUAAAAAAAAAAAUCAAGAAACAAGUGAUGGAUGUCUUUGAAAGAGAAGUCUUACUUAGAAGAGGUUGUGUUUUUUUGAGAGGGAUGAGCAAAACCCGGUAAGACUGCAGAGGUCUUUCACAUCCAUAAAUAGAUUCACUUCUCUGUUCCCUGGGAUAAGCGUGUGGGUAGAAGGACUGGUUUCCUACGUAGAACUCUUAUCCUAGGUGAUGACAGUAAAAUCAGUAUGCAUCAGAAACGUAUGUUACUUCUAACACCUAAUUUCAUCCGCUUGUCACGGGUGCCCAUUGGCUGCUCUCUUCCCUCUUUUGUCCCCAUCUGUUGGAUGGUCAAAUUCAGGAGCUGUAGUGCUGGGUCCUUAGCUCCUGGGGAGGAAGUAGACACCUGCACUGUAGGGACUGGAGAAGGGAGAGUUGCCGCAAAUCACAAACAACUUCAGGCUUCCCAGUCCUGAACAAUGUUGUGUUCUCAGGGCCGUCUCACACGAAGAUACCUAAUAAUUUUUGUUGACUCUAACAAUUUUAUUAGAAGAGAGUGUGUCUGGAGUGGCUAAACCAGGGUAAAAACCUUAAGAAUCACUGAUGGAUUAAGUGUGGGAGUGGAGUUUGAUAGAAGAGAAACUUGUCAUAUACAUUAUAAAGGAAAGUGCACUUUCCCGAGCAUCUGGUGAGACCUGAAAAGCACAGGCAGUAAAUUCCCUGUGGUGACCCUGAGGUGGACUAUUCAGUGCAGGAAGAUCUCUGUAAACACAGGGAUGAGGUGCUUUCUACCACCGUGUAGCCCAAGAGCAGUGGCUAUGGAGAAGGCAUUUGUUAUGAAUGGAAAUACAGUGUGUGGCUUGUUCUGUUGUUUAGUUUGUUCUAAAUUCACUACUGCUCGUUAUGGUACAUUUGCACAAAGGAUAAGGCAGAGGAGUCAGGAAGCAGUGAGGACAAGGAAAGGAAGAAAGAAGUAGACGACAAAGGUGGCGCUUGUGGCUCAAAGGAGUAGGGCACCAGCCCCAUAUACUAGAGGUGGCGGGUUCAAACCCGCCCUGGCCAAAAACUGCAAAAACAAACAAAAGGAAGUAGACAACAAAAAGAGGUGAAUAGUUGGGCGGAAGUAGGGCACCGGCCCCGUAUACCAAACCUGGCCCGGCCCAAAAACUGCAAAAAAAAAAUAGUUGAGUGAGGCUAUACUUGAGACUGUUAUGAGUUGUCCCACUUGGGACUAAUUCUCCAGUUACAUAGUAUAUUCCUGAUGGGACUCUCCAGGGUGGCUUAGGACAGCACCUCUAUGUCAGCCAGUUGCUGUUACAACUCACUGGGGGACUUUAGAUUCAUGUUGAAAUUGAAUUGGGGUACCAGUAGGGGUAAAGAGGAGAUUGGAAUUAUCCUCAAGGAUAUCUGAACUUUCACAUGCCUGAGGUAUAUGCGUAUUUCUAGGGAGACUAAAAAAGUUAAAAACCACUGCUCUGAAGCUUAAACUGCUGUCUCUAAUGUAUAUGCAUAAUUAUGCUUUGCUAGGAUGAGAAGAUAGGAUACCGAUAGAAGAAAUGUGCGUGGAUGUAUCUUCAGGCAUAUUCAUAGGUCCAGAGCAUAAACUAGAAUCCCAAACAGAAAAAGCACAGAUGCCACUGUGAAGGGCAGGAGGCACAAAAACAAAUAAAUGUGACUCAUUUGUAAAUGACAACAAACUGGGUGCAGUGGCUCGCACCUGUAAUCCUAGCACUUUGGGAGGCCAAGGUGGGAGGAUCACUUGAGACCAGGAGUUUGAGACUAGCCUGGACAACCCAUCUCUACAAAAAAUAAAAAAAUUAGUCAGA